CCCUUUUUCUCUCUCACUUCUUAAGUCGCGUGGGGGUCGAAAUACGUCUCUGCCUGCUUAUCGACGUGGUGCACAAAUCCUGACCAAAUCAAGCUCUUGGUAGGUGACCACCUUGGCAUCUAUCAACAGUCACUCUCUCUCCUAGUUUUGUUUUGGGAAAACUGAAGCUGAAUCUUCCACAGCUUGAUUAUAUGAUUAGGCAUCAGUGAUUCGAAGUCUGGAAUUGUCACAUUUUGUUAUGAAACAUAUUUUAGCUAGAAGUCAACAGGAUAAAAAUGAAUUUACAGGCUCAAAUGUCAGGACAGUUCUCAAGGCAGGUUUCCAGUCAAGCUGGGACUUCAUUGCCUGCCAUACCACAGCAGCAGAAUAUGAUGCAGAACUCUGAAGGUCCCCAUGCUCCACUCAAUAUGGAGCCUGGUUUUGUGAAGACAAGGCGAUUUAUACAAGAUAGGAUCUAUGAGUCCCUCAUGCAGCGACAACAAACUCGGGAGAUAGCUCCAAAAAAUGUGCUGGAUAUUGUUAGACGCUUGGAGGAAGGCUUGUUCAAAACCGCUACAACGAAGGAGGAGUACAUGAAUUUAGAGACACUGGAAACUCGGUUGCAAGUUCUCAUCAGACGCCUCCCCUUGAACAAUCAGAAUCAACGAUACCAGCAACAAAGUAAUAGUUCUGUUGCUAUCGGAACAAUGAUACCAACUCCUGGUGUACCUCAAAGUGGGAACUCAAAUUUAAUGGUUCCAUCAUCUAGGGAUAGCUCCUUGAUUGGUCCUGGCGGUGGUAACAGCAUGGUGUCAUCAGCUGUGAAUGCAGGAAGCUUUUCAUUGAAUACCACUGGGCCAUCCAGGGGCAUGCUCAGUGGUUCAUUUGGUUCCGAAGGAGGUUUAACAGAUGGAGGUCAACAGUCGCUGUCCAAUUUCUCUGUAAGUUCAGGUGGAAACAGUUUAAUUUCAUCAACGGGUGCACAAAGAAUGGCCAGCCAAAUGAUGCCCACUCCUGGAUACAAUAAUACUAAUAGCACAAGUAACCAGUCAUACAUGAAAAUGGAAUCAUCAAGUAAUGUUUCUGUGCUUUCGAGUGUUGACUCAAUAAUGGUGUCUCAGCCACUGCAACAGAAGCAACAAGUUGGUGGUCAAAACAGCCGCAUCUUGCAUAGCCUGGGAAGCCAUAUGGGUGGGGGGAUCAGGUCUACUUUGAAUCAAAAUGCUUAUGGGUUUCCAAAUGGGUCGCUAAAUGGGAAUUUAGGGAUGAUGGGUAAAAGUUCACAGCCGAUUAAUAGUUUAGGGACCUCUGAGGGAUUUCUGAGAGAUACUCGUUAUGGAAACUCUGCCAAACCAGUGCCACAAUAUUUUGAUCAACAUCAAGGACAGAUGUCUCAGGGUGAUGGAUAUGGGAGUGGUACUGCUGACUCUGGCAGAUCUGGAAAUUUCUAUACCCCCACAACCUCAGCUACAUCGCUGAUGAACAUAAACCCAGUAAACUUACCGGCAUUACAAGGAACAAACCCUCCUUUGGUGGUUAAUCAUUCAAGUUUACACAACGCUGAUCAGCCUGUAAACAUGAAGCAUUCAAUAGAUCAAUCAGAAGAGAUGGACUUCAGGUCUCAGCAUUUACUACGUGAAAGUGCUGUACAUUCUCAACAGCCUCUUCACUUUCAGCAACAACUCCUUCAAUCUCAAAGACAACAGAAACAGCAGAAUCAGCGACUGCCAUAUGGGCAGUCUCAGCUAAUAUCUGAUUUGGGUGGUCGAAUAAAGGCUGAACCUGGAAUGGAGCGUCACAAUGAGACUUUGCAGCCGCAGGCCUAUGGCCAUUUCCAGUCAUCCCAGGCAACCAAUUGCUUCCAGCAGAACUCUGGCGAAGACCAUACCAGAGCUAGUCAAUUGCAUUCUCUUUCAUCGGGCUCUCAGGAUAUGUGUUUAUCAAUGACGGAAACUUCAGAGCAGCAGCAACAGCUACUGCAACAGCCUCACUUUGGUGUUGACACUCGAAAUGAUCUUAUGUCUUCCAUAGGAAUUCAACCGGAGGCAGUACUCCAGGGUCAAUGGCACUCACGGUCGCAAGAAGCAUCACAUGAAUUGGGCAACUUGUCAAACGAGCUGCGUAUUCAAGAGGAAUUUCGUCAAGAAAAAAGAGGGCAUGAUCAAGGUCAGAGGAACAAUUUAUCUUCAGAAUCUAUGAAUCAUCAAAUGGCUGCCAAAAGAUCAGUAGACCCACCAGACACUGGUGCUGUGUGUAGAUCUGCUAAUUCGGACCGUGGGUUGCAGUAUAGGAAUCAAAAGAGGUGGCUUUUGUUCUUAAUUCAUGCUCGUAAAUGUGCUUAUCCACCAGGAAAUUGCCCAGAAGUCCAUUGCAUAACUGUUCAAAAGUUGUUGAACCAUAUCAUGUCAUGCAAUGCUGUAACUCAAUGUCAAUAUCCUCGCUGCCAUAGGACGAAGACAUUACUUCAUCAUUACAAGAACUGUAGGGAUCAAAAUUGUCCUGUUUGUGUUCCUGUAAAGCUUUUUGUGCAACGGAAAGGCAGCCAUCGUACAAAUUUGAAUUCUGGUUUUCCACAGUCAGGCAAUGGAUCGUGUGAUUAUUCUGCUGAAGCUGUUCGUAGAUAUACUCCAUCUGUAGUUGAAACUUCAGAAGAUUUACAUCCAUCUCUGAAACGGAUGAAGAUUGAGCAGCCAUGUCAGUCACCAGCUGCUGAAAGUGAAAACCCCAUCAUACCAGUUUCCAUCACUAAUACACCUGAAGUUCUUCAGGAUGUACACCGUGGCGAACAUCAAGUUGGCGAUGCUUGUGUACCACUAGAAUUUGAGGUCCCUGGAAUGAAACUGGAAAUUCCUGCACCCAAGGUCACCGAGGCAAGGAAGGAUUAUGUGGAAGACUGCAUCCAAAAUACUGAUGAUGUUUCAGUUGUUUCAAAUGAGGCCACAGGUUUCACUAAGCAGGAGUUCCUUAAGGCCAAGAAAGAGAUGGGCCAGGCUAAACAAGAAAAUGCAGCAGUACCUGCUGAGACUUCUACUGGAACCAAAUCUGGGAAGCCAAAAAUAAAGGGAGUAUCAAUGACAGAAUUGUUCACUCCGGAGCAGGUUCGGGAGCAUAUCACUGGUCUCAGACAGUGGGUUGGCCAGAGCAAAGCGAAGGUCGAAAAGAAUCAAGCUAUGGAGCUCUCAAUGAAUGAGAAUUCUUGUCAGUUAUGUGCAGUUGAAAAGCUCAAUUUUGAACCGCCACCUAUAUAUUGCUCACCUUGUGGUGCUCGCAUCAAGAGAAAUGCAAUGUUUUACACCAUUGGUAGCGGUGAUACGAGGCAUUAUUUCUGUAUUCCGUGCUAUAACGAGGCCCGUGGAGACACUAUAACUGUCGAUGGAACUAAUAUUUUGAAGGCAAGAUUAGAGAAAAAGAAAAAUGAUGAGGAGACUGAAGAACCGUGGGUUCAAUGUGACAAGUGUGAAGCCUGGCAACAUCAAAUCUGUGCGUUAUUCAAUGGCCGUAGAAAUGAUGGCGGGCAAGCAGAGUACACUUGCCCAAAUUGCUACAUGGAAGAGGUUGAAAAAGGAGAGAGGGUGCCUCUACCACAGAGUGCUGUUCUUGGAGCAAAAGAUCUACCUCGAACCAUUCUUAGUGAUCACAUAGAGAGCAGAUUGUUUAAGAGACUGAAGCAGGAAAGACUAGAUAGGGCAAGGUUCCUUGGGAAAAGUUAUGAUGAGGUUCCUGGUGCAGAAUCGCUUGUUGUCAGAGUUGUCUCGUCUGUGGAUAAGAAGUUGGAAGUGAAGCAACGAUUCCUUGAGAUCUUUCAUGAGGAAAAUUACCCCUCAGAAUAUGCAUAUAAAUCUAAGGUAGUUUUGUUGUUUCAGAAGAUCGAAGGGGUAGAAGUAUGUCUGUUUGGCAUGUAUGUUCAAGAAUUUGGAGCAGAAUGUCAGCAGCCAAAUCAUCGUCGUGUUUAUCUUUCCUAUUUGGAUUCAGUGAAGUACUUUAGGCCUGAGAUAAGAACAGUGACAGGGGAAGCUCUGCGUACAUUUGUAUAUCAUGAAAUUCUGAUUGGUUACCUAGAAUAUUGCAAGUUGCGUGGUUUCACAAGUUGUUAUAUAUGGGCCUGCCCUCCAUUGAAAGGUGAAGAUUAUAUCUUGUAUUGCCAUCCUGAGAUUCAGAAGACACCAAAGUCUGAUAAACUAAGGGAAUGGUAUUUGUCGAUGUUGAGAAAGGCCUCGAAGGAAAACAUUGUAGUGGACCGCACUAAUUUAUACGAUCAUUUCUUUGUAUCUUCUGGCGAAUGUAAAGCUAAGGUGACUGCAGCUCGAUUGCCGUAUUUUGAUGGAGACUAUUGGCCUGGUGCUGCUGAGGACAUAAUCUAUCAGCUUCGUCAAGAAGAGGAUGGAAGAAAACAUAAUAAGAAAGGGUCAAUUAAAAGGACCAUAACAAAAAGAGCUCUAAAAGCUUCUGGUCAAACUGAUCUUUCUGGGAAUGCUUCAAAAGAUCUGCUACUGAUGCAUAGGCUUGGUGAAACAAUAUCUCCAAUGAAGGAAGAUUUCAUUAUGGUUCACUUGCAGCAUGCUUGCACUCACUGCUGUACCCUAAUGGUCUCCGGAACACGCUGGGUUUGCAAGCAGUGCAAAAAUUUUCAGCUUUGCAAUAGGUGUCAUGAAGUUGAACAAAAUAUAGAGGAGAGAGAGAGACAUCCUAUUAACCAAAGGGUGAAACAUCAACUUUAUCCUGUCGAAAUCACUGAUGUGCCUACAGACACCAAAGAUAAGGAUGAGAUUCUUGAGAGCGAAUUCUUUGAUACCAGACAGGCUUUUCUCAGCCUUUGCCAAGGAAAUCAUUAUCAAUACGACACCCUACGACGUGCUAAACAUUCCUCAAUGAUGGCGUUGUAUCAUCUUCACAAUCCUACCGCUCCUGCAUUUGUGAUAACAUGCUUUGUAUGCCGUCUUGAUAUAGAAACCGGACAAGGAUGGCGGUGUGACAUUUGCCCUGAUUAUGAUGUGUGCAAUGCAUGCUAUCGAAAGGAUAGAGGAAUGGAUCAUCCGCAUAAGUUGACGCAUCAUCCGUCAAUUGCAGAGCGUGAUGCACAAAACAAAGAAGCUCGACAACUACGCGUCGUACAGCUUCGGAAAAUGCUUGAUCUUCUGGUACAUGCAUCACAAUGUCGUGCACAGCUAUGCCAGUAUCCUAAUUGUCGUAAGGUUAAGGGGCUUUUCCGACAUGGAAUGCAUUGCAAAGUACGUGCAUCGGGUGGUUGUGUCCUUUGCAAGAAAAUGUGGCAUCUCCUUCAGCUUCAUGCUAGAGCAUGUAAAGACACUCCAUGCAAUGUCCCGCGCUGCAGAGACCUUCGGGAACAUUUGAGAAGGCUGACACAACAGGCGGAUAGCCGGCGGAGGGCGGCUGUUAUGGAGAUGAUGAGGCAGCGUGCUGCGGAGGUUGCGGGCGGCAGCAGUGGAUGACAAAGAUGAUGCUGUAAAUAUGUACAGUUUUGGGGAUGAAAUUUCUAGCAGCAGCAUAUUUUAUAUAUAUAUAUAUCCAUGGGGCACAAGCAUAAUAGGCACAAACAGGCAGGCAGGAAAGAAGGUUUUAAUUUACAAAAUCAUAUGGAGAAUGAAUCAUCAAAUCAAAAAGGAGGAAGGAUUCCUUUGUUUCUAGUUUUUGUGGUGAUGCAAAUAUCAUAAGAUGAUCUUUUUCUUUCUUUUCUUUCUUUCAAUAGGGGGGCUACAUCCAUUUAUUUUAUAGUGACACAUUUAAUUUAGUCUAU